AUGAGCGACCGCCCUGGUGCCACCGCGAAUUCGCCGCCUAUCGAUAUCGUCUCCCCCAUCGGACCUCAAGAUCAUCAUGACUUCAAUCUCCGAGCCGUCGCUUCUCCCGUCAGCAAUCCACCAACCAGCCCGACGGACAACGCCUCCCCGACAGAUCUCCCUAGCGAGUCCGACCUCGUCCCAAGCUCGAUCUCCCCAUCCCAUGAUCCACGCCUAAGACGAAGCGAACUUGAACCCAAGUACUUCGUCGCUGCCAACGCCUCCGACGUGCCGCGCUCGGGGUCGCACUCGCCAACUUCGGAGACUCCAGACACCCCUCUAUCGCACCCGCAACCCCUAUCGGCGACAUCCGAGGCCGACCCCAGGAAGUACAUCUUCCAAGACGAGAAGACAGCGGAGGAUUCGCCCAAGUAUCUGGUCGCGGACGACACCGCCCCAGAGGCGCAGCAGAAAUACAUCGUCGUCGGUCACCACAAGGUGAUCGGACGGCCGCCGGGAUAUCUUUCCGGAGCGCAUUAUGCGCCGGAGCAUGUGGCAGACGACAUUCCAGCUGCGGCGGGAUCCAGUGCGCCGAUUGCGCCGAGAUCGGGCGGCAACGAUGCGGAGAACGGCGAGGGAAAGCCCAAGGCCAAACGACCGAUUUUGGGAAUGAAGCGGAACGUGUUCUGGCUGGUCCUCAUCGUGGUGGCCUUAGUCGUGGUGGGAGCCGCGAUUGGCGGAGGCGUGGGCGGCAGCAUCGCCGCGAAGAGCCCCAAACCCGCGCCCUCCAGUGCCGCCGCCAAUUCCACCGAGUCUUCCUCCGCUUCGUCGUCCGCUUCGUUGUCCGCGUCGCCCUCGUCCACCUCUUCCUCGUCAUCCGCCGCCCCAACGCUCGCGGUGCAAUCUCCUCAGUGGCCCGCGGCCAACUUCUCCCUCGCGCUAUACGAUGAGGCCAAUUACUCCGGAAUCAACGCGAACGUGCCUGGCGCGGGGAUUUUCGUGCUCCCGUUCAUGGGAGAGUCGUACAUCUUCACGCCGCGGACAUCGGGCUGCUGCGUGCGGUUCUGCCUUAACGACAAGGACGUCGGGUGGCGGUGCCAGGAGACGUGGAAGGAUCGGGCGUCCUCGUUGAUUGAUAAGGUCGUGGUGGGCUGUGAGCGGGACGCGAAUACGGGGGCGGGGGUGCCGCCCCCGGAGCAAGCGUGUGAGUUUAAUAGUGGGAAAGGCGUAUCUGCUGGCAUGUUGGAUUUCAUCAUGGGGCGGCGCGUACGCACCAUAGAGCGGCCGGUUGUCGGUCUUCACGGAGAAGAAUUGCACCUGGGCGUCUAG